UUCUUUACCAACUAAUAAGACAAUGGCUAAUUUUAUCUAUUUACAAUUCUUUCUUACAUUUCUCUUUUUUACUAAUUGAAUAAAAAUUACAUUGUAGUCAUCGAAAUUUUUUUUAUUGUGUUAAGGAGAAAAUAUUGCAUUAUUAGGAGUUACACGUUAUCAAAUUCAUCAAAAAAUCAAGAAAUAAAAAUAAAAAUGUCAACUGAGUGUACUGAAAUUUAUAAGAGACAAAUACAUUGGCCAACUGUAUUAUAUUAUAUACAUCUUCAUGCUUUUGGACUUUAUGGAUUGAUGCUGCUAUUGACCGAAGCGAAAUGGAUGACUGUAUUUUUCACAUUUUUUAUAAUUUCAUUCGCAACUCUUGGUAUUACAAUUGGUGCUCAUCGUUUAUGGGCUCACAAUGCUUUUGAGGCAUCAGGAUUCGUUAGAGGUCUCCUUGUAAUAUCACACACAAUAGCUGGUGUCGGUAAUAUUUAUGACUGGGUUCUUAAGCACAGAACUCAUCACAAGUAUUAUGGAACCGAAAGAGACCCAUAUAAUCACAAAAAAGGUUUUUAUUAUAGUCAUCUUGUGAGUAAUGUUCUUGCUGCACAUCCACAUAAGGAAAAAUUAGAUAAAGAUAUCGAUAUGUGUGACGUUGAUUCUGAUGGCUACGUUUGGAUUCAACGAUGGUUUUAUUGGCUGCUAUUUCCAAUCGUAGGCCUACUUUUUAUAAUUAAUGCACCGGUUGAAUACUGGAAUGAGUCAAUCAAGAAUUCUGUAUUCAUUUUGGGCUUCUUUCGACUUGCUGUAACGACAAACUUUUCUUGGCUAGUUAAUAGUGCACUGCUCAUUUGGGGAUCACAACCCGAAGACAAAUUUCAUAUUGAAGAUAAUACGAGUUUUCUAUUAAAUAAGUCCUAUUGGCCUAAUUACCAUUACCUUCUCCCUUGGGAUUACAAAUGCACUGAAUUUGGCACAUAUGACCGCGGUUGUAGCACUUUCAUUAUCAAAAUGUGGAAAAAUCUAGGACUUGUUAAUUUUUUGAAAACAGCAUCCAACGAAUCUAUUCGUGAUGCAUUAUACGAAGCAGCAAGUAAAAAAUUAGACGUUACUGAAUCCUUAGAAUCAGUGAAGAAAAUUGCAAAUGAAGAAGCGAUCAAAGCAAAAUUGCGUUUUCGUCAUUAAAUAAAUUAAUUUUUCACUUUAGUAUUAAUAUGUUGUAUUUAUAAUUUAUAUAUUUUU